CGUUUAAACUGCAACUAACCUUCUCUUUUUCUCUUUCUCAUUCUCCACUCUCUAGGGUUCGAUAGUUAAAUCGAGAGUUGUGAACAAGACGAGUGUAUCGUUCCUCGUUCGAAUCGUUCCUUUUUUCUUCGUUCAACAAGAAUCGAUCUCAUGGCACCACCACUAAAUCCUUAUUCUGGUACCAGCACCUUAGCUUUGGUCGCUAGAGCUUCUGCUUUAUCCUUCGGCGUUGUUUAUGGAUCCAUUAAGCUCAAGUACCUUAAGUCAAAAGCCAAGUCUCAACAGAAAGCUGAGGCCAAGUCUCAUCACUAAAAGCAGUGAGAUGGAUGGAGCAGAAUACCCAAAUAAUUCAUGACGUGGAACUGUACCAUGUUUUCUCCUAUUUUUUUUCCUUCUGAUUUUAAGUUUUGGUUAAUCAUAAGCAUUGAGUUUAGUGCAUCGUGAAAAUGUUAAAAUUAUGAUGAUUUUGCCUUGUUUUAAUAGUUACAUUGACUCAAUUUAAGUUUGAAGUUUAUAUUGCAAGGGCCUGCUACAUAUUGUUUAUUCAUUUGCUUUUAGACUGGAAAUUUGUUUUCACUAA